AUGCAUCAGGUCGCCGACUAUAGACCUGGCUAUUCUGGAGAACGUAUUUCCCCUUCUCGUUAUAGUUCUUGUGCUACUGUGGAUGAAGUCUGCUCUCAAUUCAGUAGAUAUCAUCGUCGGAUCAGAGGUUUGUCCACAAUUCUGGAAGGAUGUCACCUUUGAAAUUUUUAAAAUGCCAGCAUAUUCUUUAAUGUACCAGUAGACGCUAUAGCAAAUCUGAAGACAUUAGGUUAAAAGCUGUCGGCUUCAAAUAAAACACGUUCCAAUGUUUUGAAAAAAUUACCAAAUUAUUGAAAAAAGGGAUUUCCAAAUUUGGCCCUAUUAUCCUGAAAAAUUGGAAAAUCUGCCAGUUCAGAAUCAUACGAUUCUGAUUUGGUGUAUCAAUAAGUGAUUUGACCAAUUUUCAAAUAACACGCAGUGCACCACAACGUUCUUUCACUCACACACCUUUUCUGAUACUCCAAAAAAAUAAAUGGAAUCGAUUGUCUUGUGAAGAAAACAUUUCUUUGGUUUCACGCGAUUUUGGCGAAAUUCAAGUUUCUUUCUUGCUUCAAACCUCAAAGACCUUGAUAGACCCGUUCUGUGUCAAAAGCUUUCCAUGGCUUCUUUUUGAAAAGAAAAAAACAUAGCCAGAACUAACCUCAUUAGAUAACUGUCGAUUUAUAGCGGACUCGAAAAAGUAUCCAACAGAAUAUUUUUGUUGGUGAUUCGUUGUAUAAAAAAAAGCGGUGUGGAUUUUCUCAUUUCGCUUUGUUUCGAAUUGGGGAUGAAUGGAAAAUGUACGGGAGAAUAGAACAAAGAAACGGCCCUGAUUUGAUUGAACGUAGGGUGCGUACGUGUGUACUUUUGGCGCGAAAUUUCGCAUUUCAAAUUUCCCACGUUUGAACUCUUAAGUCUCAUUCAUUUUUCUCAACGACGACUUUGCCGUGUACUUCUUAAACUAAAACACGAGUCCAGAUGCGCUUUCUCUAUUUUUUUUCAAAAACACCCAGCUCUGGGAAUCUUAAGUUUUUCCAUUCUUUGUUUUUUUUUUUUGAACAAUGCACUUUACAAUGUUUGUAACAGAACUAAAAUUUCGAGGUGCUUAAUUCAUUUGGAUGCUUUCAUAAGUUCCAAAAUUAUUCUUGAAAUUUUGUAAUUCGACCUUUUUGUUUAUAGAGCGGUCGAAGAUGAACUAAUCAAAGAUGAACUUCUUUUCAAAAGUUUUGAACCCUCCGAAAACGAGAAAAGCAACUGACUUGCCAUUUUUUUUUUCUCAGCCCCCGGAGAUUUUAAAGCGAUAACUGUGCGCUAAGCAAGUUGUUGUAAUACGCAGGCGUUCGUCGAGGGAUCACGUGACGUCGAAGACUAAAUCCGUGACCUCCGGAAACUGGCGUUUAGCCUCGGGCGUUUCUCUCAUUGCAAUAAGACACCUUUUCCUUCAAAGUUUUUGACUGAGAUGAUUCAUAAUCGAUUGAAAGAGGCGGUACAUUAGGGCUUUUGUGAAAAUCGAAAAAGUUGAAAAAUAAUCAAGAUCAAACGAUAAAAAACUUUUGCCGCAGUGCAUUAAGAGAUUUAGAGAACACUGGACUCCCUCUUCAAGAUUCGGAACUUCACACUUUUGAAAUGUCUUCUGUUUAUCGGGCGAUAAUUCCUUCUUAAUUUUGAAAAAUAAAAAUCCUUUUGUUACCCUCCGCUAAUCUUAGAAAACAUUCUUAUUCCUCCAGUCCUGAGAAGAAUCUUUUUGAUUUGAUAACCAAUCGCUUUGUUCUCAUUUCGAAUUCACUUUUUUUACAGAUUUCGCCAAUGCACUUGCUGAAAUCGACUCCACUUUAAUUAACCAAGGUAUUUUUACGGAAUUUUUUUUCCAUUUCAUAAUCGUUUUCUCAGGUACUACUUCGAUGCGUCAACCUCAGCUAGGUUUUCAUUCCAUUCAUGGAACCAACGUGGUUAUCCUCAAAAGUAGGCAAUUUGUAACUUUACCAGUUAAGAAACGAAAUUUUAGAUGGAAAAGUUGCUCGGCGGCGAGAGAGUUUCUGCAAAGGAUUGGCCUUUUCAAACAGGUUGGUUUUUGAAUUUGAAAUUUUGCCCUCACCAUAUUGAAGAAAGUUAGUACAGAAUUAUUCAUCAAUUAUCCAAGCGCUUAAUAGUUAGAAGAAGUAAAACUUGUGAAAGCGUGUAUUUCAUGUAACGUGCUUUCAAAUUUUUGGAAUGAGCUUUAUUUGAAGUUUUGUUAAAAAUGUAUUUUCUGUUUUCUUCAAAAGAAUCAACAUAAAAAACCCCAGAAAGUUGCUUUCAGACCGAUCGGAGUAGAUGAAAACGUUUGUCUACGCUUAUCCGAGGUGGCGACCAACUGGUCAGGCGUUUUGCGCUUCGGUGUAACCAACGUCGAUCCAGAAACCUACAGAAACAUUCCCGUGCCAAAGUAAAUCGAUAUCUCUUUAAUUAUUUUGAAAAGUUCACAAUUGUUUUAGAUUCGCGUGCCCCGAUCUCACAGCCAAAGAAGGAUAUUGGGCGAAAGCUCUGCCGGAGCGUUAUUCUGUAGAAGGAAAUAUCCUCCACUUCUACAUCAAUGGAGGUGGCGAACUCUUCUAUGGAAUCAACGGGAACUUAAAGGUUUCCUGACUUUUUUGGAAUUAAAACUCAAAUGAUUCCUUUAGGGUCUUUUCCUAACGGGUAUAAAUGUGAAUCAUCCAAUGUGGCUCAUUGUUGACAUCUACGGGAACUCGGUUUCUCUUGAGUUUAUUGGUGAGAUAUUUUUUUUUUCAAUGAGACCAAUAUUUGGAUUUGUAUCGUACAACGGAGUUAUUGAAAAAAUCAUUAUAAAAAUAUAGUAGAGCAAAAAAAUUAAGAAGUUCAAAAAAAGGAUAAUUUUUUUCCAUGUUAAGAUAAAUAAGAAACUUCACUAAAACAUUUUCAGACAACUUUUUUUAAGAAAAAAGUCUUUCGGAGCUAAUUUAAACGCAAAUUUCAUGAAAAAGCUUCAGAACGGAAUAAAAAGAGUCUUGGACUAUUUCAAACCUUAGAAGAACUUUUGUGAACUUUGAUAGAAAAGUAAACAGUUAAAAAACCAAAGACCGUCAGAAUCUGAUUGCAAGUGGCGAAAUACCCAUUUUUAUUUAUUUUUUGUAGAUUACUGGUUAUCUUGAUACUGCAGAAAAAAGCUCUCAGCAAAAAUUAUCAAUCCUCUUUGAUGACAGACAAGAUCAGAAAACCGAGAGAUGAUAAACAAACAAUGAGGAACAUACUACGGAUUGCGCGUGAAUCAUAACACAACCGCCUACGCAUUAUUUAGGCAACAAGACGUUGUCAUUCUCUCUUUGGCUAAGAUGCCUGCUUUUUUCCUGUAUUCUCUUUUUCUUUGAAUCUUAGUUUAUCUUAUUUUACUGAUUUACAUGAAAUCUGAUAAUUUAAUUUAGAGGAUUAAAAAAAGGAAAAAACUAUAACAAAGCUUUUUGAACUUAAGUAGCGCUAAACAGCUCUGCGCUCAUACAGAAAAACCAUGAAAUAAAAAAAUUUCUAAGUUUUUCCAAUCGAAAAGAUAAAAUACUUAUUCAAAAAAAGUGGUAAAAAUCUCAAAAGGCCAAUUUUUAUUCCACGAAAUGUUCGCCUCAGAAAAAUAAAAUUUAUUGUUACCAUAUCCGUUUCUUCUAACACACAACCUUACUUUUUGGAUGUAUAAAUGAAAAAAAUAUCGCGAGUUCUCAUCAUUUGUCUAGAUUGAACGAGGCCAACUGACAGGCCAGAAAACAGAGGAUUUCGCAUGACGAACACCCUUGGCCCAUUAUUUGUAAGCGAGAACCGGUUCCGGUCGGUCAGCCAAUGAGCUGGCGUCCCGGCGCAGCUCUUUCCCAAAACACUUUUGAACGAAAACGCUUUGUUCCUACUAUUUUCAGUUUUUUUUUGAAUGAUGUUCAAACAUUUUCAUGUUGCAUUUUUUCUAAAAUCCAUUCACAGCUACGAAAAAUUGAAAAAAGUUCAAAUCGCUGGCAGAAAAUGUUAAAGAUUGAUGUCGUAUUCUAUUCAAGACGAAGGGAGUAUAAUUUUUAGACGGCUUUUUUGUUCAAAAUUGUAUCCACUUGCCAAAAAAUGUUAUCAACUCUUGAUAAUCACUAAUAGGCUUUAUUGUUCCGCCAUUGGAAGCCGCGUCAUGAGCGUCCUCCAAUGGUCAAAUUGCACUUUGCAACCAAUAGAUAAAGAUAAAAAACUGCAGACCUGAAAAAAGUUUUUGUGCGCAUCAUUUUUUCUUCAUUACUACACUUCUUCGUCUAUAUUUGUUUCGAACCGCGGUUCUAUGAUUUCGAAAAUACCUUUAGAUGAAAAAAUUGUGGCGACAACGGUUCAUGUCGAGCGGAAAAGAGGGUCCAAUCGAUGGCCUCAAGUUCGAAUUUUCCAGAAAGCCAAGAGACAAAAAAUGUAUAUUUCUAAUGACCUUUUUUGCAAGAAGCCCGAAUCUCUUUCAAAAUCAUGACAUUCGCUUACUUUGAAGACAAAACGCUUAUUCAGCUCAUAAUUUUUCAAUUAUUGUUCAAAAGUCUCAAGAAAACCCAAUUAGAAAUUUUUUAUAGUGAUAAAUUGGACAGCUUCCUAGUUUUGGGAUAUGAAUUUCCAGAUUUUGUUUUAUUUUUUACGGCCAUUCUUACUUCUUAAUUUUACAGACUCUGCUGAAGUAACAACUCAAAGAAGGUCAUCCUCAGUCUCUGCCUUGCCAAGAAUCCCAGCUUUUGGUUCUUCUUUGAAUGAAUCUGAGCCAACUUCGUCAAAUGUCUCAACGAACCCAUCCGGUUUGAAAACUUCCCCUUUUCAUUAAUAAACAACUUUUCUUUUUAGGUAGCAACGACAUGACUUCUUUACGUUUCCAUACUGUGACGGGACGACACAUCAGUCUCAACAGCCAACGGAACACGGCAACGAGGGACGUGCAGGAGUACGCACUGGGAUAUGUCUUCACUGAAAGACCCAUUCAGAACAACGAGAAACUCUCCAUUGUGGUUGGUUUCCCGGAAAAUUUUCUUUUUGAAGAGUUUUUGGAGAUGAAACAAAGCUUGAAGCAAUAUUUUCUGUCCCAUUUUCAAACUGAAUAAAAUAAAAAUAGUCAACGGCCUUUUUUUAAAAGAUGUAAUUCUCCCCGAAAGUUGAAAAAAAAACUAAUCUUAUGAAACUGUUUGCAGUGAUUUAAACCAUUCUAGAUUUAGUUUUUUUUGGGGGUUUCAAGCUGAAAAAACGAAAUACUGCAAAAAGAAAACUAUUUUUUUCUUAAUUCAUGAAUUCUUUCAAACAGGUAACCGCGGUCCAACAUCUAUACGAAGGAGGCUUGGCGUUCGGCGUCACAUGCUGCGAUCCUUCGACUCUUCGCGCCACUGAACUCCCCGAAGAUUCUUCGGCUUUGAUUGAUAUGCCGCAGUACUGGGUCGUCAUCAAAGAUAUCGCUCUUCAGCCUCGCGUCAACUCUAUUUUGAGCUUUUGGAUCACCGAUAGCGGUACGUGAAUCUCAAAAUUCAAAUUCAGAAUCGUCGCACAACAUCUUGAAGAAAUAGAAUCACAUCAUGUGUUUCCAGUAAGCAUACGGACCACAAAAACCAAUUCCAAGACUGGCUUCGAAAUCUACAAAUAAGAUUUUAUACAUUUAGUCUCAUUCAGAAGGCUUAGUGUUUUUUUUUUUUCAGUACUGUCUGCAUUCAAACUUAUUUGCUAUUUAUUGAAAUAGGUCAAAAUCUCAGAAAACUCAAUUUUUCAUUAUAAAAAUUUACUGAGUGAAAUUUGAUUUACAAAAAAGUUUUCAGGAGAGGUGAAGUUCGAGCAUGAUAACAAAGAAGCAAGAACUGUCCUUCAUGUGGAUAAUUCUCUUCCGCUCUACAUGUAUUUCGACGUCUAUGGUGCUACACAAGCCAUAAAAUUGCUAGGUAACAUAACUUCGAAAUUUCACGAGAAUCAUGUCGAAACUUUAGGAAUAAGCCGGUCAUCCGCUCAAAACCACGUUUUCAAUGCACGGGUCAACAUGCCUACAAGAAGGUGAUUUUAUAUCAUUAUUCUAUGAACUAACUGAAUAUUCAGAGCUGUGCGAAAUGGAGAAUCGAGUCAGGAAGUUUCUGGUAACUCUUCGCUCGAAACAAGCUCAAGACCUACCCCUCGUAUUAAUCCAUCCGUCUCGAUCCCUGUUCGAGUCAACAGUAAGCUUUUUGUUAUUUAGUCAGCAAGGAUUUAUUUUUGUGGCUGAACUAUUUUUCAAUUGAUAAAAAGUUUUAAAAGUCGAAAGUCGUUUCGACUUUUACAAAAUUUUCAAAAAUUCAGCCGAUGGCCGUAGAAUUCUCGAACAAAAAAAUUCACUUUCAUUAUUAUCAAUUCUUUGUUUGAAACCAUAACUUCUACUUUUUCAGCUGCUGAAAGAACUCGUCAAUCAAUCGAUGAUCUGUUAGGCGGACCGCCGACGAUGCUUCCUCCACCAGCUUUGCCAAGAACACCGCCGCCAGUUGCCCCUAGAACGGUAGCAAAAUAAUCCCAAAAACUUUCCUACGUGUGAGUUUCAGAAUCCGUACUUGCCUGCUCCUCCAGCUCGACCACCGCUUCCGACUAUUUCGAACCAACCGCUCCGUCAAUCCUCACAGCCUCCGAUGGAGACUUUGACAACGCCAAUGGUAUUAUCCAUUAAUGAGCCUAUAAAGUAGCCAGAACCAGGUGCGAUCGCCAAUAUCUGCACCAUCUACUCUGGCUGAAACGGCAACUUCGGCUUCUGCUGGCCGCAGCUCUGCCGUAAUGCCUGUCUCUGCCCCAUUAGCCACUGCGGCUGCGCCUAAAAGUGCCAGCUUUUCCGCGCCACCGCCGGUCAACGACAAGGAUGAAUGUUUGGUGAGUGAAAACCGCCUUUUUAUAAUUGGGUUAAAAAAAGAAUGUUUUUAAACACCGUGGCUUAUAAAUGAUGCGCUCACAAGAAAAUUUUUUGAAGUGAGACAAAAAUUUAUGAAAUUUGUAGGAAUGUUUUUCGUGAUCCCGUCCUUCCCGAUUACGGAAAGAAACUUUGAGUUAUUGUUCAAUCUUUUAAUAUGGAAUUAGGACAUAAAAUCCUUUACUUCAGUGGAUAAUUAUCAAAAGUUGAACAAAAAGCUGCAAAAUUUAAAAUUUUUAGUCCCUCUCAUUGAGAGAUUUCCUCUACCCAUAAAAAUUUCCGAUUACAAAUGAAAAAUUUUAGAUUUGCAUGGAAAAUACAAUCAACGCAGUUCUAUACACUUGCGGUCACAUGUGCAUGUGCUACGACUGCGCUCAGCAGCAACUUUCUCGCUCCGGAACUUGUCCAAUGUGCCGCAAGGACAUCCGCGACGUCAUCCGCAUCUACAAGUCUUGA